AUGCAUUGCAUGCCAACAACAUGCAGCUAUCACUCUCAUUCUGGAACCUGGAACCGAAACGGCUCUGUCGCUGCCGCUACCUCUUCUCCGCCAGCCUCAACAUCAAGCCAGGGCAGCGGGAUCGGUUCCAGUCGCGACACUCGCGACGGUGCAACCCAAUCUCGGGCCGACAAGCGUCGCAUUAAUGAACUUUCAAACGAUGGGCAGGAUUCAUACAGCCAGUCCAAGAUCGAGUCCAGGAUCAUGCUGAAUCGACAUCGAACGGUUCGGACGCGCAUGGACUGCAGCAAAAUACGGAUGGCGAUGGCAAAAACAUUCACUCCGGCGCCUACAACAUCGUCAACGAUAACGACCAACAUGCAGUGGAAGACUCGCCGAUAGAGGAUCACGAUCACGACCGCGACCGCAACAACGGCGACAUUGCCGGACCUGCAGAGAUUGCGGCGGCACUCAAAUUCAGAAGACCGAAGCAGCUGGCAAAUCCAUCUGGGGCAAAGCGCCUACUAGCAAAGGUGAGUUGCACUGCAUCAGCUUCGGCUUUGAUUUGCGACGCCCAAGCUCAUGCUUUUGAGUUUUCCUCAUCCAUCAGUCCUUUCGUCCGACGAUGUUGCCGUGCGUAUCUUAUUGGAUUCUUGGCACUUCUUCGAUCAAAUCUACGUCUCCAAAAAACACGGCGCCGCCAAGGCCUUUGCUCGCGCCUUCUCCGAUGCGGUUUUCAUUCCCAACUCCGAUGAUCGGGUCCUGCUGGAGGCUCGAUUAGCGAAGCUCGGAAUCACGUGGGAGGAGGCCGUCCGAUCGCCUGUUUGGAACAAAAAGCUGUGGAGGCGCGUUCAUCGAUGGAUCCCCCCGCCGAGUGUUCUCGAGCCUUUAAUCCGGGAGGUCUUCGAGAAAUUCGGGGCGUUGAUCGAUGCGAAGACCAAGCAACCGCUCUUCAACAAGGCAGCGCACGAGGCAGCAAAGCGAUGUCUUGAGGCGAUACGCAAAGGCCAAGUUUCCGAUCCUGUUGGCAUCGAACUGUACACCGACCAUGGGCCUUGCGGAGGACCAGACGGAAAGGCGGAUGACGGUGUGCGUGUCUACUCGUGCCAGCGCGGCACAAAUAGUCUUGAGGGAGGGAUCCACCGAAACCGUCGUCAAAGGUUCUCAAAGUCCGGUGUCACUCCGUACCAUGCCAAUGCUUGCCUUUCGGACUAUGUGCUCGUGCACAACUCCACAGUAAGUCUGUACAGCCGUGCUCAUACACGCUGGAACUGAAUUUGUUUUACCUAUGCGUGUGCUUGUUUCACAGGUUGGGACGUUUAAUCGGACAGGGAAGGCAUAUGUAGGGCACUUCGACCUUUGGCUCACUGUAGAGCUUCAUCGUAUGCGGCGCAAAACGGCGGCAUACCUCCCAGCCCACCCUACGAAUAUGUCGGAAACUGUCAACCCGCUUCUCUACGCUCCGUCCACGGAGACAUUCGGGAUUGUGCCUAUUGUGGAGGUGGCUCAAAAGUCCAACAACAUCGAACCCUAUUCCGUCGAGAGUGGCGCUUUCCGUUUCGAGCCCCUCAAAUGGUCGCCGCGGAAUUUGCUGCACAAGAACAUGGGACGAACAAUUCAGCAGAUGCAAAUCCAGCUGCCAGCCUAUCGCAAACUCCGUCACACCUGGCUUGCAAAACGCCAAGGUACUCGGUUUGCGGUAUUGCACGUUCACACACCAACCGAAUGAGCGCUGUACAAGCAUAUCUUGUCCCAUCUGGAACUAUCAACUUCUCGAGACCAGCGAGCCAUCCGAAUCGCCGAGCGCUGGAACGCUUAUGCCAACGGCAUUGAUAUAUUUUACAAAGUGAGUCGCUAUUUCGUCGUGCCUCUGAAUUUAAGACCGAGCUGAGUGCUUGAAAAUUCAUACGUAGAUACCGGAACACAUAAGUAGUUGGGAAUCCAGAUGGUCGUCUCUGGCCAAUGCUCAAGCCAUAAUGAAUAUGGCCGAGAACGACGUCAAAGCGACCCAAGCGAUGAUCACCGACCCCUCCCGCGGUCGCAAUGUCAGCCCGCCGCCCGCCAAGCCGUUGCUCGGCCACAAACCUCCGGUCUCGGGGAUGCUCACCGAUGCAGAGGUCGAAGCGUCCAAUCCUCAAACAUCAUUCAUCCGCCCAUCCGGGGCGAUGGACACAAACAACAAUGGUCCGCGUGCAGGGAUUGCUACCAGUGGCAGUUCAGUGAGCGUAGUCACCGGGAAAGUAAUGCGGCACUGUCGGUUCUGCGGUCAAGCCUCUUGCAAGUUCAAGGGAUCAGCGUCAGCCCGACAGGGAUCGGAUAUUCUGUGUGAAAACCCAUGUGUGGAUUGGCUUGAGUGAAGAGAGGGAUCCGAAUAACCCAGAAUCGCCGAGGUUUUGCAAGGGGCUGACCACGGCUGAGAUGGGUGGUCGAGCUCGGGAUAAGAAGAAGUGUCAUAAUCAUAAACCGCUGUGA